GGGGAAUUUCUCUCUAGCUCAUAAUGUAUUUUGUUAAUGGCGGUCAAGGUGGUUAAAUGAUUAGAGAUGAAAAUAAUACUGAUUUGCCAUCUGUGUUUUUGAUUAUUGUAUUGUAAUGUAAACGGAUUUUUUUGUUUAUGUCAAAAUGAUGGAAGACAUUAGUAUCGAUAAUGGUAAGAAAGAUCUUCGAACCAUUGAAAUCGAUCAAGUGAACAAUGAAUUGGGAUCAGCACCUCCUCCGUCUGCAGGGAAAACUGCCGUGGAACCACACUCCAAUUUCGGUCCUGAUAUGUCAGGAAGUGAUGAGGACGAAGCCUCGGAGGUAAGCAGUGAUGAAGAAAUGAUUUUGAAGGCAAAGUGUAUAUUUUCUUUUGUUGGUACGUACGUAAGACUAUGCCCGUGAUGCAAAUGGUAUAUUACCAAACAGAAGUGAAAAGGAAGGGUCCGUAAGUUGAGUAAGUCAAUGAGUUUGAGUUGAUUGGCCUCUUUUAUUAUUAGGGGGUAGGCGUAGGCCCUAGCCCUAAGACUAAUUUAACAUUUCUUUAAAACCACCAUUCAUUUGAAUUGUUUUUGCUCAUUCAUCAGUUUGUUCUAGCAUUACUACAGUUAAGAAGUGUUUUUUUAUUUGCUUAUAAUGAGCUGUCAGAUUCAACAAAUCAGAGAUUGGCUUUCUUAUCUACAUUUUUACAGACACCUUAAUUCCUUAAAUUCAUCACUGUAAAUACCGGUACGUAAAAAGUGCAAUCUGCUAAUGCCACAUCCCAGUGGUGUCAGUGUCAGACUUGGAUGUCACAAAGCAAAGGAGAAAGGGCUGAUGAAGAUUACAAACUUAGCACUUCAGGGUUUGGGUUAGUUCAAGAAAAUAGGCCAGUGACCUGAUCAAUUAGUUUUCUUUCUAAGGGGCACAUGUAAAUAAAUUAAUUACGCACUAAUUAAAAAGAAAAUUGUCUGCAAUAAAUAUCAAAAGGUUCUUAAUGUUUUGUUUUACAGAAAGCUAUACUGAUCUGUGAAUCAGGAUCAGUUAAAAAUCAAUGCUUAAAUAAAGUCAAACCUUAAAGGCCUGAAAGCUUGAGUUAAUAGGCCUACAUCAUAUUCAUAGAUAUGUAGAUACAAUUAAAAUGGACAAUUUUUCUCCAAAUUUUUUUUGGUCAAAACGACAAUGGUUAUGUAAAUAAUUUAUUCAGCCUUCUGUCACAGGCUUAUUUCUUCUAGUAAUUGGAUAUAAUUGGUAGUUGUGUACCGGGUAUCAUAUUUUAUGCUAAGAAAAUAGUUCAAAUAAUGUUAAAAUUAAUAUUCAUCCCUUUCAGCUGAUAUGUAAAUGUCAGUGUCUACACGUCCGGCGACCGAUUAAUAGUGCAGGAGGUAUUCAUCCGGAGGGCAUGUCAUUAUGCUUUAUUUAUCAUUGUCACUUUAUUUAUCAUUGUCACUUUUUAACCAUUUGUUUAUUAUAUAGGCCUAAUUGAAAACAUGAAAUUAAAUGGAAGUUAAUAAGUUUAAAACACUUAAUAAUAAGUGAAGAUAAAAACAAUACCAUAGAAGUAUGUUUACAGUCAAUAAAUGACUAAAGCUGUCAAGUGAUAAGCCUGACGGACAAAUAGCUGGCACAACUCUGUUACAGCGGUUAUGUAACUUGGUAUCCGGAUGAAUAUCUCGAGAACAAAUUUGUCUCUGUGUAGACACUUCAUAUUUAGAUUGAUUCUCUCCAGAAUCUAAUCACUUUCUUGUAAGCAGUAUCAAAAAUAUACAUAAUCAUUGUAUCCACUGCUGCUCUAGUCCAGCAUUGUGAAAAAGCAUGUAUGAUGGUAAAGGUAGCAUGUAAAUUCUUAUUUUCAGAAUAUGAAAUGCAUAAAUCGAUAGCUGAUCUAUUUUAUUUAAAAUAAUGAUCCUACACAUUUUACAAUGUUAAUUGCAUAAUGUCAAUGAGCACAGUAUAUUAGUUGCAUCUUUACCUAUAUAUCAGUUACUAGAAACUUAGGUCAUUACUCCAUUAAAAUGACUGUUAAUUGAUCAAAUACUGACAGAUCAAACAAGAAUUCACUUUUUUUUAUGUUUGUCAGUACUACAUGUCCACUGUGUUCAGUAUGGCAAAGUUGUUUUAAUACACAUAGAAAAGGAUGCUCAUAGCAUAGCAAAACUUGGUAUAUUUCAGUUUUAAAAUGUGAUGAUUAACAACUAUUUUCAGUUUGUAAUGUGUGGGAUAACUAUUCAGGGAGGAAAUAACAUAACAAAAAAUGGCAGGUUGGGUAGCAAAUGUUAAUUUUAAAGGAUUUAUUUUUAUAAACUAAUACGUAGACAUAGAAAAUUAAAUUCUGUUGAGGCAGAACCAUUUUUGUACCCAUAUCACAUCAUCUGUUGCGAUGCCUCUUUUCACUGUUUGAAUUAACGCCUCUUUUCAUUGUUAGAAUUAACAACUAUUUUUCUUCAAUAAAGGCAAAAUAUCCAUAUGAAAAGGAGACCAUAAAAAUGCAUAAUUUUAAGUUCUUUGAAACUGGCAUGAAUUAUCGUGAUUUUUAUCUAGUCUGCUGAAUGAUAAUUUGUAGCAGUGUAAUAGGCAUCACCCACUAAUAACUACUGUGCUUUCAAGUACUCAUUGUCACAUAUGUUCAGACUAUUUUGUUGUUUUGAUUGUGUAAGUAGCCAUUUUCGUUAAAAACGUAAUUGUGAGGGUUGCAUAAUUAAUGUUCUGUAUGUUAAUAUCUUUAUGGGGGAAAACCCUCAUAUGUUAUAUUAUCUAUAAUAUGUAAACAAUUUACUUGUAUUAAAGGUGUUCUGCUAAAACUGCACACAUUAUUUUCAUCUGUCACCAACGGUUCGCAUCAUAAUUGUUAAUGAAUUCUGCUUUUCAGAUUCAGGCUUUCCAUCUGAAAAAUAUUGCUGCUUUCAAAUAAAUAACACUAUUUAUACCUCUUUUAAAAACUUUUUCUGCCAAUUCCUUUUUGAUAGAAAUACAAUUAAAAUUAAUUAUUCUGCUUGCUGAACUGUUUUUACAUAUUUAAAAACAAUUUUUUGUCUUUUAUGGUCAUUCUCCAGCCUUUCCAAAACUAAUUUGUUAAAAAUAGGACUUAACUUAGGGUUUAUAGUGUCAACAUCUGACUUAAAUGUUACCAUCACCACUAAGGCCAAUACUGCUAUUACUAGCACACUUAAAUUAAAAAUCUCUGAAAUCAUUGUUUUCAUUUUAAUCCAUUUGAAAUAGUUUAAGUUAAGAAAGUCUGUUGAUUUUGCAAUCUAAAGGGUACCAUCUCCAGUUUCAGACAUAAUGCAGUUAUAAUAAAUUGAUCGAAUCCACCCCCCCCCCCCUUUUUUUUUUUGUUCCGCCCCACUUCUCGGUGUAUGACUCCCGUGUCCACAUUUAGCCAUAAAUUCUCCCAGCGUCCUGUAACUUGAUCAGAGGCCAUUUUUCGGACCUAGCAUACCAUUACUGAUUUUUACAAUGAUUUUAGUUUUAAAGAAUAAUGUUAAAAAUGUCUGUAAUUUAUGGUUUUUAAGUGCAAUUCUUUACUAUAGUAUUCUGCUUUUCAUGUGACGUCACAUUGCUUAAAGCUGCCCCCUCCCACCACCUCACACACACACACACACACAGUCGUCACAAAAAUCUGACCCCCCUCCCCCCUAGAUGUGUGAUGUCAUUUAUGGAUGGCCUCUUAAUGGUAUUGUUAAGAAGUGCAUAACUUAUGGUUUGUUAUAUUUUAUUCUAUAUAUUAUCUCUUCAGUGUCAACUAGGUUAAAGCAGGAAAUGUUAAAUUUUUUUCCCCCAGGUUGAUUCAUUUAUUUUAGAUGAAAAUGAUAUUGAAGAAACUGAGCAGGGCUUAGAAGCAUCAAAGUUUCUCCUUGCAGCUGAAGCUGAGGGGCAAGGAAUUCAGACUGUGGAUCCACAGACUCAAGCCAGAUUAGAAGCACUGCUUGAGGCUGCUGGUAAGAUUUGUAUCACAUGUUCUUUAUGGCUCCUUUUAGUUUAUCAAUUUAAAUAUCUGUGUUUUAUUGGCUGUGUUUAUUGAAUCAUUAUGGCUGUGUGAAUACUUCAUUUCUUCAACUUUAGGUAUUAGCAAGUUAUCUUCAAAAGAUGGAAAAGCAUUAUCUGACCCUGAAGUGCUACGAACGCUGACCUCCUCAGUUAGCAGUGCUCUUGAUGAAGCAGCACAGGCAUUGCAUCGUAUGCGAGAUACACAGGGACAGCUUGUGUCUGCGGAUGGGUGAGGUUUAGCACAUAGGGCUCUCUAAUAUAUUUAUAUUUUGUCAUCUGCUACUUAUUUGCGCAAAUAAGAUUUUUAAGUAAAUUUAUUUUAGUUGCUGAAAUGUCUUAUGUUCCCAUGUCUUGGCUUAAGUUUGUUCAUUUAAAAGAAAAUCAACUUAAAUAAUGCAGUGUUAUAAAAAUGUUAACAAAUACAUUAUAUUAUCUUAAUUUUGCCUUUAUAAAUUUGUUGGUUUGCUUUGUAGUAUGCAGCUUGAAACUAAUGGAGAGAAUGAGUCACUUGUACAUCGUUCCAGUUCUGGCAAUGCUGCUGAUGCUUCAGAAGAGGGUGAAAGUCUCCUUUCUUUGGCUUGUUCUGCAGGAUAUUAUGAAUUAGCUCAAGUAUGUUUUAUUACAUUUUAAAAAAUUUAAAUUUAUUUUAAGUUGACACCAGACAUAUCUGUUUAUGAAACAAUUUAAUUAGUUUUGUGCAUAAUAACUUGGUGCUGAUGCUGAUUAUAACAUAUAAACAGUCAGUUAUGCUACACCAAGGACCUUAAGAUUAAAUUUUAAAAAUUUUAACACUGAGUUACAAAUGUUUGCUGUCACCAGAACAAAAUACCUUUUUAAUAAUUAGGUGCUGUUGGCUAUGAAAGCUAAUGUGGAAGACAGAGGGAUUAAAGGAGAUUGUACACCAUUGAUGGAAGCUGCCAGUGGUGGGCAUGUUGACAUUGUCAGGUUGCUGCUACUUCACAAUGCUGAUAUUAAUGCCCAGUCAUCUGCAGGUUAGAAACUUGAAUGAAAAUGUAUUAAACUGCUACAGAAAUAGAAAAGUAAUUUUUCUAAAUGGUUUUCCUCUGUUUCAAACAUGUGUGAGAUAGAGAUUUAUUUCUUAAGAUUGAAUUAACACUGGUGUAUUUGCGAUAGGUAACACUCCUCUUCAUUAUGGGGCUUGUGGAGGAUUCAAGGAGGUUGUCCAAGAGCUGUUACUUCAUGGGGCAAAUGUUGAAAUCCACAAUGAAAAUGGACACACUCCUCUGAUGGAAGCUGCCUCAGCUGGCCAUGUAGAAGUUGCUAGAAUACUGUUAGAACAUGGGGCUGGAAUCAACACCCAUUCAAACGAGUUUAAAGAAAGUGCUCUAACUCUAGCAUGCUAUAAAGGUUUGUGAAGGAUGUGAAUAUUACAAAAUUAUGAUUGUGUAGUGUUAAGAGGAUUUUUAAAAAAGUUAUUAGAAUGUCGGUGUUAUCUGAAUUUGUUUAAAUGCACUUAAGUCCAACUUAAUUGAAUUAAUUUUGUUAAAAUAUGUAUCAUUUCAAAUUUUGGAUGGAAUUUUAUGAUGUUCUUGCAUUCUUUAAUAGGCUUUGUCAUUUCUCAGACUGGAAAACGUCAAAGCGUACUAUUUUAAGAAGGUUGGCGGACAAAUAUUGCUUAAAACAUGGCAGCUUAUAGCGUGUUUCAGCUUAUCUUUCGGACGAUCCUUGUAUCUAGAGUCACUGUUGCAUAUGCCGUUCGCGCAAUCAAGUCCCAUUUCAGAAAAUAGAAGUUUAAAAAAAUGUGUAAAAUAUUUAGUAAAAUAGAGUUGUAAACAAGUUUCAGGGACACUUCGAUAACAUAGUAAUACUGAACAGUGUUGACAUUUUGUCAGCGCUGAGUACCCAGAUGAUGAGUAAUGUUGACAUCAGUUCUAUCAAUAGAUUUCCGCCAUUAAAUGACAAGCCCUAUAUGAAAUUGAAAAAAACUAAAUAGGGUUAAUUUAAAAAAAGCUAUGAAUGCCACAUUUUAAUUAUACUUUCAAAAUGUACAUGUCUUAAAACUGACAUUUUAUUUCAGGGCAUUUGGACAUGGUAAAAUUUCUACUAGAGGCUGGUGCCGAUCAAGAACAUAAGACAGAUGAAAUGCACACUGCCUUGAUGGAAGCGUCAAUGGAUGGACAUGUAGAAGUUGCUAGAUUGCUGCUUGACAGUGGUGCACAGGUAUUGUUAAUAUCAAAAAUGUUUUAUGCCAUCCAAAAGCAGUGUAGAAUUAUUAUUUUUUAAAUAAUUUUUUUAGGUAAAUUGUAUAAUAUUUUAACUUAAACCUAAUGUAAAUUUUCAGGUAAAUAUGCCAGCAGAUAGCUUUGAGUCUCCUCUAACUCUAGCUGCAUGUGGUGGUCACAUUGAACUUGCCAGUCUACUGAUUGAACGUGGGGCUAACAUUGAGGAAGUCAAUGAUGAAGGAUACACACCACUCAUGGAAGCUGCAAGAGAAGGCCAUGAAGACAUGGUCGCUCUCCUUUUGUCUCAAGGUAUGACUCCUAUUAAAAAAAAGAAUUUAUAUAGGUUUUUUAAUAUUGACUAGCUUUACUAGCUUUUUUGCUGUUGUAAUAAUGGCAUUACCUUUUGAAAGAACUCAUACUGUUUUUUUAGGGGCUGAUAUUAAUGCACAAACUGAAGAAACUCAAGAAACUGCCCUCACUUUGGCUUGUUGUGGUGGAUUUCUUGAAGUAGCUGACUUCUUAUUGCGUUCUGGAGCCCUAAUUGAAUUGGGCUGCAGCACUCCCCUAAUGGAAGCUGCUCAGGAAGGUCAUUUGGAGCUUGUGUCCUUUUUAUUGCACUCAGGUCAGUAUUCCUAUAUCAUACAUGAACAUUUUGUUUUAUCUGAUUUAACAUAGUAAACCAUACAUUUUGAGGGUAAAUCCCUAUUACAAUAUUAUUAACUUAACAUUGUUUUUUAACAAACAUGUGGGAUCUUCUUUUUUAGGGGCCAAUGUUGAAGCACAGACUGGAACAGGAGACACUGCACUAACAUACGCUUGUGAAAAUGGACACACUGAUGUUGCAGAGGCUUUAUUGGAAUGUGGUGCUAAGCUGGUAUAAGACUAAAUAUUUUAAGUUUCGUUAUGUCUUUCAUUUGUUCGCAUUCAUAAAGUUUUUUUUAAUCAUUUUUUAAAAAUUAAAGCUUUACUUUGAAAGAUAGAACUAUAGAUUUACUCUACAAAAUGAUUAUUUAUUUGUCCUGAUUUCAUUGAGUGGAUGAGCUAUCAUUCAUUAAGAGAGCAUUUAAAAUUUCAGUAUGGUAUUAAAAGGUAUUACAUUUUUUCAUUUUAGGAACAUGAAUCUGAAGGUGGUCGAACACCUCUUAUGAAAGCAGCAAGAGCUGGACACUUGUGCACUGUUCAAUUUCUCAUCAGCAAAGGUGAGGCAUACAAAACCUAGGGUUUCUCCCUUUCUCUCUGUUUAAAAUGGCGAUUUUUUUUAUGAUUACACACUAUAUAUUUUCUUCAAUCAUUAGGUGCUGAUGUGAACAGGGCAACUACUUCUAAUGACCAUACGGUAUUAUCUUUGGCAUGUGCUGGGGGCCAUUUGGCAGUUGUAGAGUUGCUAUUACAACAUAAUGCUGAUGCGAAUCACAAACUUAAGGUGAUAUAUUAAAUUAUUCCAGAUGUUUAGCCAUUCCAAUGAAGUUCAGGUUAUUAUGUCAUAAAAAAUUCAUAACUGAACAGGGCUUUUAUUGUUGAUUGAGGGGGGAGGGGGGGGGGGAGAGAUUUUUUUUCUUUUGUCACUUUGAUGUGUGUAGCUUAAAUAUAGAUGAGUCUUAAUACAAGGAUUUUCUCCUCCCAUAGAUUGUUAUGUUCUCAGCCUUCUUACUGAGAAUCAAGGUUUUGUAGUUUUUCAUUAUUUUUUUUCAUUUGCAAGGAUGGUUCUACAAUGGUCAUUGAAGCUGCAAAAGGUGGGCAUACCCAAGUUGUCAAAUUGUUGCUAGAGUGGCCUAACCGAUCUCCGGUCAGUUUAGCUGCUGAGCAAUUAGCCCAACUAAGUGUUGCUGAUACACCUUUGGAAGAGGUGAGUGUUAAUUUGGUGUCCUGAGAGAUGUUUAGCUCUGUCUGUUGAAUUUCCUAUGUGACAAUGUUAAUUUUAUUAUGUAAGCUGAUUGAAUUAAUUUUUUUAUUGUUUUAAGCCUCGUGUUCCUGUCCAAGGACUAGCCAACAUUGUUCCACCAAGUGAACCUGACUCACAGUUUCCUUUAGCAUCUGCCAUGCAGGGUAUCUUUAUUUUUCAGUCACUGUUGUUAUAUCUUUUAAAUCUUAUUAACCCAUUGCUCUUGCUGCACUGGUUGUAAAAGUAAAUUUUAGUUGUGAAAUGAAAACAAGAUCAAAAUUUGACACUUGAUUCCAAAAAAAAAUAUGGCUUGGGACACAUUGAGAUUAAUAGCUUUAAAGUCAUAAUAGAUAUUAUCAAAAGCUAAAAUGAAAUGUGCAAUAGUGACAGUGAUAAGAAUAACUAUAUUGAUGAUUAAUUCGCAAAAUACAAAAUUCACAAAGGAGCUUAUGAAAAAUGAUUAAGUUUUGCUUAAUGGUUUUUCAGUUAAAACACCUGAAACAAUCAGACAAAACAUGCAGAAAUCUUUGACCAAACGAGUCAGUGGUGGCCAGCUUGAUGGAAAAGGAAUAAGCAAAUUCUGUAAUGCUGUGAUACCUGAAAACUACCCACAAUUUUUCAACAACACUGGCCUACUUGAUGACAAAAUCAUUGACAAGGUGUGUUUUAUAUAACUUUAGUAAUUUUAACAGAAUGUCCUCCUUGUCUUUCAAAAAGAUGUUGCGAUGUUGAAGUCACAACAAAAAUUCUUUUAGUUCAUUGGUUCAACAAAUAUUUUUAAGGAUAAUGCACAGUGGAGUCCAGCUUCCAUAAUUAAAAAAACAAAAAUAGAAGCAAUGCCACAUCGGGCAUUAAAAUAAAUAUGACUCUCUGGUCCAUAUUUAUUUCUUUUUCUGAAGUAAAAGUUCACUUAUCUAUUGAUAAAGCAGUGCAACUGCAUAACACCAUUUACAUUAAAAUAGUAUUUUAUACAUCUUGUAGUUUCUAGGUACUCUUUUUAAAUGGUCUUGAAGCAGUUAAUAAGUUUUUCUUUACUUAUGCAAAAGCAGACCUGGUUGCUUUUAUGAUUUUAGUGUCAAAUAUAUUAUUUUGUGAUGUCCUUUACAACUGUUUGCAGUGACCUGUCAGAAUUACAGUUUUAAGAGACCAGGUUGAAAAGAAAUAUUCCUGUAGUUUUUACGCUUCAAAAUCUUUUUUGGUUGUUAGUUUUAGCUCCUGUCUAAAUCCUGCGGUGAAUGGACUGAGAAAUAUGAUUGGUUGGGGACCAUCCAUAAUUAUAUUACAUUGAUGGAAGUGUUCUAGAGUUGACUCCUAUUGUUGAUUAGGGCUGUGGGGGAGUUGCUGUAGGAAAUAAUUUUGUGAUAAAAUUAUUUCAUUCUUUGGCUGAACCACAGCUAUUUGGAAUAUGGAGAUAAUUAAGAAUUUAAAAAAAAAUUCAGUUAUCUACUUUUGGAGUGAACUUUUAUGGAUGUGAUGCGAAUAGUUAUUGUAUGCAUAAUACAGGGUGUUUAUUUAUUAACUGUAAGGAUACAACAUUCUAUGAUUUUGAAGUGGUAAAUUACUAUUCUGAAAGAAUAUUGUACUGUUUUUGAGUUUCCGGGGUAACCAGGUCUGUAAAAGGUGACAUACUUGUUUACCAUCAAACAUAAGGUCAUAUAAAUUUUAAUCCCAGAAAUUCAAAAAAGAAAAUAAAUUACAUAUUUUAUUUUAACAUCACUGAUGUCAAAUAAUGGACAUAGGUUAAUAUGUAAACAAAAACAAAAAAAGUAAAAAUUUAUUUGAUCAAAAAAUAAUUUAGGAUGAAAAGAUGAGUACCAACCAAGCAACAAAAGAUGAGCAGAUUUUAACAAAACAUCUGAAUUUGAACAAAUUAGACUUGGAACUUCAGGAAAAAGCUCCAGUCCCAAUUUUUUAUCCUCAACAAGAAUCUGUUCCCUUUCAAGAUAUUGACUUGCAGCUCAAAUUAAAACAGUCACCUUCUUCACCCGUGUCUCCAUUGACUAGCCUCAUAACAGCUGCAGGGGUAAGAACAAAUACAUUUUUAUUCAGCUAAAUUAUAAAACUUAAGCCUUGUAAAAUUCAUUCCUAGAUCUAAAUUUUGAGAUUUAACAUAACAAUCUGAUGAGUACUAUUUAUAUUAUGUACUUGUGCUCCACAACUUUUGGAUAAAACCAAGACUUUUGUUGGAUACAAUUUUAACUUAAGUUUUUAGCAAUAUGAUUUAUUUUUCUCUUAUCAGCUGUUUUCAAACAGAGCUAAAAUAAACUCUCACAAUAUACAAAUUAAAAAAAGGCAGUAUUUAAUUAAGGGACACGUUUUCUUGAAUCUGCAGUUCUUAGUGGCAAGAUAAUAUAAGGGAAAGAAUUAAUAUUUUGCCAUCAGCUAGUAAGAUACAAAUUUUUAAAAGACUUUCAUACCAAAUGGACUCCACUGUACAUAUUAAUAAAAUUAAUCUUUAGUCUUUUAGCAAAUUUAAUGAAGUAAUGCUUAUUUUCAGUUUAUUUUAUUUUUAACGAUCCCUUUUAAUUGUUAAAGUUUGUAUUUGGUUGAUACACAACUUAACAGAAGAGUAGAAUGUUUCAUUCCUAGCUUCCCUGAUUAAAAUUUAGCUAUUUUUAUAAAUAUUCUUCUCUCAGGCAAAACAGGGUGAAGAUAUAGCUAAACUCUUUGAGAUUCCUAGUCAAACUUUGGGUAUGACAGAUCCCUUGAACUUAGACCAGUUCAACGAGUUUGCAAAGUUGUUGGCAUGUAGUGAAUUAGGACCUGGAACAUGUAGUGAGACUUAUUUACAGGUAUAUUUUCUCCUCUAAUUUUGGACUAAUUUGUAUAAUUCUUGGCUUUUUGCAAAUUAAACGUAAAAAUGCUUUAAAUAAUUAAAAUUGAUUAUGGUUACAUAAAAACAACCAAUGGUCAAAAAUCAGUUUAAAUAUUAUAAUUGAAAUCCAAUUGAUAUUCUGAAAUCUGAUUAACAUGCAAAAUCAAUUUUAGAAUUGCUUGAUAGACAUAUUGGAAUAUUUUACUCCAGAUAUUUUGUAAAAUCAUUGCUGUAUAGUAUAAAUGAGUUACAUUCACAACUUAAAAAGUCAUGUGCAUAAGAGAAUUAACUACAGUUGGCUACAAACUUGGUAAUAAUGCUUAUGCCCAUAAUAUCCCUGCAAAAGUCGGGAAGGUGGACAAGGAGUACCCUAUAUUUUUCUUUUGAUCUGUGCAAUUAGAAUCAAAUUUUUAUAUAUGGGAAAUAUAACACGCUUUAUUUUUUAUAUAAUUAUGAGUGAAAAUCUUUUUGAAAGAAGUGCAUGUUUGGUAAGUAAAAGACUAUUUGAUUUUAUAGGUUCAGGCUCAUUUGCAACAACAUCAGCAACAAUUAUUGUUGCAACAGCAGCAAGGACAAGCAUUACAUCUUUCUGCACCGCCCCCUCCACCAUCACCAACAUUGGUAACUACCACUGCUGGCACUGUUUCCACAACAGACAAUCGUCCUGGUGGAGGAAAGAAUCAAGGAACUAAGAGAAAUGGUUCUAGCAAAGUUACCAGAACAUUUAAAAGUUCACAACCUCUACAGCAACCGCCUCCACCUCCACCACCCCCUCCUCCACCUUCGUCUGUGCACCCUCUCUUGCUUCCACUGGCUGGCCAAUCACAAGCCCUGUUGUCCCAGGCUCCUCUGGUUUUUCAGACUGAGCAUAAUGGAGGUAAGGUAUCUUAUUUUUAUAGUUUAGGUUGAUAUAUAUAUAUUGUGUGGUAAGUUUAAUGAGAGACAAGAUGAACUAGAGAAUCAUGUGUGUUCUAACAGAAACCUGUUGUCAGAAAAUAUAAGUGUAAAUUAUGAAGUUAAUUCCUGACUAGUAGGAAUUUUAAAAUGAUGGCCUGAAGUGAAGUGUAUAAAUUAAGUAAAUAUAAAUGUAAUUAAAUCCUUUUAUAUAUUAUGCAUGUCUUUUUUUUUAACCUAGCAACUUAUUUCAUAGCUUAUGCUUCAAAUACUUUAUCUCCAGCAAGGUGACUUAAAAUUUAUUUUCCAUCUUUGCACCAGAUUUGUAUUUGUUUUUAUGAUAAUCAAUUUCUCCAGCACCACAGAAUGUUGAUGUCUCUAUUAUGGGAGCAUCAAGUUCUCAGCAACAGCUUCAUUCUCUUAGUCAAGUUCAGUCUCAAUUGACCACACCAUUACCUGCGCACCAGAAUCAACUGUCAUACCCUCCUCAAAUUAUGCCGCAACCGCAGGAGCAGCUUUUGCAGCAGAUGCUUAGCCAGCCUGGCUUACAGCAGCUACAGAUGCAACAAAUUUCACAACAGGUUGAUUUUUUAUAUAUUAAUUGUAUUAAAUUCUGAUUUAAAGUGUCUAAGAUAAACAAUCCUCUUAAAAUUAACAAGCAAAAAAAUUGUUGUGAUGUGAUUUUUAAAUGAAGCUUUGAGUUUUAUUUUCUGUUAAAAUUGAAAAGGAAACAAUUUAUGUACGAGAACCAUUAAAAACCAUAAUGUACUAUAAAUGUCUUAAUUCAUGUAGGUGCAGCCAAACCAGCAUGGUUUACAAAGUGAUGUUACCACACAGAUAACACCUAGUCCACAUGCCCACCUGUCACAGCAGCAGCAACAGAUGCUGCAACAGCAACAGCAACAUGCACAUCUUUUACAGCAACAGUUGCAACAAUUGAAAGCACCUGUUCCUCCUGGAAAUCAAACUGUUACAACUAAGCCACCAGUUAGUUUUUGUAUUUAAAUUUCAUUAUUUUUGUUAAACUGAAAUCCACUUAAAACUAGGAAAAAGUUUAAGAUUUGAUUGCACAUUCAGAAAAUACAUUUUUGCUUCUUGAUAAAAUUGAGAUCAUUUUGUACUUAUUGUUAAUUUUUUCAAACCUUUAUUUGAUGAUUUCCAUGCUUUUAGUUCUGAGAGGUAACUAUAUUUUAACAUAGAAGGAGCUAUUGACCAGUGGUAAUAAAUACUAAUCAGUUAACUGGAAGUAAAGUUUUGUAUUGGUAUGAACAUUUAUUCACCUUGUUUGAUUCUUUAGUUUUAUAUUUGUGAAAAUUGCUGGUAAAUAUUUAAUGUUAAAAAUAUUGCAGUCGUGUGAAUUUGCAUUGGUUUCUUGCUAGACUUCUACAUUUAAAAACAUUAAUAUCUAUCAUUGUCCUUAGUGACACAUCUUUGUGUGGUAAUUUACUCAGAUUUAUAUAUGACAUUAACAAUAUAAUUUAUCUUGGGCCUUCCUUAACCCAGUGCUUUCCAAAUUUAUGUAACAAAUGCCCCGAUUUUUUAAGUUAAAUAAAAUGUGCACCCAGUAAAUUAUUGUGCCAAUUUUUUAAAUUUCUUUAAAUAAUAUAAGCCAUUUAACAUGAGCACUGCUCACCUUUCUCCCGUGGAAACUUUAUAUUCAAAUGGUCUUUUCUCUUAAUAUUAAUUCGAAUAUCCAAGUAAAUUAGUAAACAUUCAGAUGUUCAAUCUGGAUACAAUAUUUUAUUUAUUCAAAUUUCAGGUUCGUAAACAGCAACGACUGGUACAAAAUACAACCCAAACCAUCAAUCAUCAAAACACAAUUGCAAAUAUAGAUGGAGUACUUCCUCAUGGAAAUGUUUCCCCUCAGGUUCCUGGGAAUGCUGCUGCUUACUUAUCUGUUGAUGUAGAUUCCCAGACAGAGAGCAAUCAUGAUACUGCUCUUACACUUGCUUGUGCUGGGGGCCAUGCAGAGCUAGUAACUCUAUUACUAAGCAAAGGGGCUGAUAUUGAACACCGAGAUAAGAAGGGUAUGUGUCAAGUAUGGGAGUUCAUUAAUAAUUGUUGCGACUGAAUAUUAUGUUCAUUGCAUUUUUUUUUUUUAAACGAAAUCUGCUGUAUAAAUGAAUUUUUUAUAAUAAUAAAUAUUUUUAAAAUAACUCUAUUUUGUACCCUUUUUUUUCUUAAGUUUUUUAACCUAUUAUAAUUUUCUGUGCACUCAUUAUUGCUAUUAAAAAUUGUAACAGAUAACAAUCUUUUUUUUAAAAUGUCACCUCAUCUCCCACCUCAACACCCUCUCUUUUCUCUCUCAUCCUCCAUACCCUAUCAUCAUUUUCUGAGCCAUUAAUAAACAAUUCUAUGGGCAAUCCACUAUCUUCCUGUUAUCCACACAAGACCAAAAAUGUGGGUGUAUAUUUAAACUCCAAAGCAUACAUAUAUAGAUAUAUUUGUAACACUUAACUUUAAUUUCUGAAGGUUUUACUCCAUUGAUAUUGUCUGCAACUGCCGGCCAUGUGGAUGUGGUAGAAAUACUUUUGGAUCAUGGUGCUGAUAUAGAAGCUCAGUCAGAGAGAACAAAAGAUACUCCUUUAUCUUUGGCUUGCUCUGGUGGGAGAUAUGAGGUAAUACAAGUCAAGUGAUUGGUCAGAAUAUGCUUCUUUUCUUAGUGUUGCCAUUUUUCUAAAAUAUAUAAAAAAUUAAAUGUUAUAAAAUUAACGUUACUUUUGAAGUUUUUUUAAGUGAUGAACAUUUAUAUGAUUACAACUUUUCAUACCUUUUUAUUUGAAACUAACUUGUUAUCUAACGAAAAGGUUGUAGAGCUGCUGUUGAAUCGAGGUGCCAACAAGGAACAUCGCAAUGUGUCUGACUACACUCCUCUAAGUUUGGCAGCUUCUGGUGGUUACGUUAAUAUUAUCAAGCUGUUACUUUCGCAUAAUGCUGAAAUUAACUCGAGGUAAGCGAAGUCAAAUGGAAAUUUCAUUUUUUUAAAUUCUUUAUUGAAGCAGCUUUCCUGUUUGUAUGUAUGGAUAAGAAGGAUGGAUUAUGUAUUAGUUGGAUAAAAUGUAUUUCACCUUUCUUACAGAACUGGUAGCAAACUAGGAAUUUCUCCACUAAUGUUAGCAGCAAUGAAUGGACACACUGCAGCUGUUAAACUCUUAUUGGACAUGGGAAGUGAUAUAAAUGCACAGAUUGAGACCAAUCGCAAUACUGCCCUGACAUUAGCUUGUUUUCAAGGUCGCCAUGAAGUGGUCAGCUUACUUGUUGAUCGCAAGGCUAACAUUGAACAUAGAGCAAAGGUAUUUAGGCUGAAUAAUUACUACAUUGACCAGUAAAAUUAUUUUAAUGAUGAAAUUUACAAAGUAAUAGUUUUAUUUUUACAAUUUUAUCCAGAGCAUAUCAUUUUGUCAAAAAAUAAUAAAAAUAUAUUAUUUAGCAAAUUAUUUUAAGGUUUUUCAGUUUUUAAUGAUCCAUAAAAUCCAUGUGAUGGUUUCUAAAGCCAAGGUUCUAAAAACUUUAUUAUGGGGUCAAAAAGUGUUACAUAAUUCAGAAAAUACUUCAUAUUGAUAUAUUAAAAAAAAGUAUAAUUUAAAAACAUAACAUUGAACCUAAAUUUUAGAUAUUUCUGUGUUGAAAGGGACAAAAAAAUAUAAUUAAAAGAUAAAGAUGUCUAGUUUUAACUAUGAAUUUAUUGCAUCUUAAUAGACAGGUCUUACUCCAUUGAUGGAAGCUGCUUCAGGUGGAUAUGUUGAAGUUGGACGAGUUCUCUUGGACAAAGGUGCAGAUGUUAAUGCCCCACCUGUGCCCUCAUCAAGAGAUACCGCACUUACCAUUGCAGCCGACAAAGGACAUUACCGAUUUGUAGAACUUCUUCUACAUAGGUGGGAUUUCAUUUUUUUGUACAGUUUAUUUUGGAUUUGUCCUAUUAAAGUUUUAAGUGAGUAGCCUUUAAUUAUUGACACCAAAUGGUGAAUUAUCUUUGUCUAAGGAAAGAGAUUAUCAUGUAUUGCACAUUGGUCUUGAAAUUAUAAAUGAAUAUUGAACAAUGUUUAAUUGUAUUAAUAAACAUCUGGGAUUCAUUUUCAUAUAUUUUUUUCUUAUCAUUAAGAGGGGCAUCUGUUGAUGUAAAGAACAAGAAGGGAAAUUCUCCUUUGUGGCUUGCUUGUAAUGGUAAGUGUAGUGGUAGUUAAAACAUUUUAAACAAAUUUUUAUUUUUCACUUUUUAAACUUGUGUGACUUAAUUGAUUUUCCUAUAAUGUGUAUGUGAACAUCCUGCCUAUUGUAACAUCUUCUAACAGGAGGGCAUAGUGAUGUUGUCUCACUGUUGGUUCAAGCUGAUGCUGAUAUUGAUAGUCAAGACAAUCGCAAGGUAUCAUGCCUUAUGGCUGCCUUUAGACGUGGCCACAUCAAAGUUGUCAAGUGGAUGGUGAAAAAAGUCACCCAGUUUCCAUCAGAAAAUGAAAUUAAGAGAUAUAUUGCUACAAUAACUGAUAAGGUAGUUAUUUUUAUACUAUUGUUUUCAUUAAAAUAUAUUGCAAUUAUUUAAAUAAGCUUUUUUUUUUUUUUUUUUUAUCAAUGAAAUUAAUGUUGUUAAAAAAACUUUUCUAGGAACUCCAAAAAAAGUGCAACCAGUGUGCAGAAAUAAUACAAUAACUGAUAAGGUAGUUAUUUUUAUACUAUUGUUUUCAUUAAAAUAUAUUGCAAUUAUUUAAAUAAGCUUUUUUUUUUUUUUUUGUAUCAAUGAAAUUAAUGUUGUUAAAAAAACUUUUCUAGGAACUCCAAAAAAAGUGCAACCAGUGUGCAGAAAUAAUUGUGACUGCCAAAGACAGACAGGCCGCUGAGGCAAACAAGAAUGCUGACAGUUUGUUGGAGGAAAUAAAACAGGAGAAGGAGCAAGCUGCCCUUAAAGCAGAAUUAGCUAGCAAAAGAAGAGAGAGGCGAAGAGAGCGUAAAAAGAAGGGAAAGCAAAAGGAUGAGAAAUCGGAUAAAGAAAAGGAUAGGUAAUUUUUCAUGUUUAACCCUUCGAAACCUCUAGACAUUGGAAAUGUACGGUUCGGGAUAAUGGUUUAUUCUUACUGUUUUUGACUAGUUAAUUUUUGCGUUUUGAGGCUUGUUAACCAUGGCUACCUAUCCAUUUCAUGUAGUUUUAACAAAGGGCAAGAAAAUUUCACAUUAAUUAUCAGUAAAAUGCGUGUUCUAAUGAAAUCUUCAUCUAAUGGUAUCAGUGGAAAGAACUCGUCACCAGAACCUGAUGGAGAAAUGGGUUUACAUAAAAAAGAUGAUGAUGAUGAAGAAGAGGAAGAAGAAGAUGACAGUAAUUCAGAACCUGCUGUGAUUAUUAAUGAUUACAAAAGUAAGUAAAGAUUGAUACAUUCUUGAACAUUUCUAUGUAAGUGAUAAAGACAUUUUCUUACCAUUUGGUUGUAUCAUGUCCAAAAACCUUGACUUAUUCUUAAUUCUCUUUGACAGCCACAACUGGAAAGAAUGACACCAAUAAAUCUUUCAAAAUCAAGUCUGGUAAUACAUCAUCAUUAACUAAAAUCCAGACACCUGUUGAAAAUCUGCAGCCCUCUAGACUGCCUCCUAAUAUGACACCUGAUGCAGCAGCUUCAACUUCACCUGUCACUUUGGCAACAAUAAAUGGAGCACCUACUGCUGCAACUGCUAGGGCCAACAGAGAUGCACGUAAAAAACAACAAAAAGCUGCUCGUGAAAACAGAAGGGAGGCUAGUGAUCAGGAUGCUGGGUUGAGAAGUGUGAAGGCUGAAAUACAUAAAAAACAAGCCAGCCAGGCCUUGCAAGUUACAAUUGCUAAGAUGACCACCCUUAUAGAAUCCGUUGUUACUGUGACUGCCAUUGCCUCUCAUGCAUCUUCAAGUUCUGUUACUCAAGUGACAAGCAGUUUUGGUCAUGGUGUUCAAAUCACUAAUUCCACAAAGCCUGCCAUGAAUGUAUUCAGCAGUAACCUACCAGUAUCUGUUGGCUCUGUGACUGAGACCACCAAUAAUAAAGAUUUGUCCAAUGUCAAUGGAGGAGGUAAUAAAACUCGCACCAAGAAAUCCAAUGAGAUUAUGAAGCAAAGCAGCACUACAGGUACUCUGCACACUAUUAAUUUUUAAAAAACCUAGAUUUUAUGUUAUAAAUGUAGAGCUCCCAUUAUAAAUUUGCAGACCUGUUUACUCUAACGAUUUUGGCGUACAAUGUAAGAUUUUGCAGAACCUUACAGAACUAUGAUUUUAAGAGACUGGGUUGAAAAUUCCAGUAGUGCCAGUAGUUUUUUCCUAUUAAAAAAAAAAUAUAUUUAACAAGUACAUUGUCGGUUGUUAGUUAUAUCUUGCAUUCUACAUCCCAGCAGUGAAUGGAUCAAGAAAUAAGAUUGGCUGGGUACCAUCUAUAAUUUUAUUAUGUUUACCUUGAGAGCAGUGGGAUUGGCGGGGUACCAUCUAUAACUAUAUUAUGUUUACCUUGAGAGGAGUGGGUGGAAGCGGUCUAAAUGUUGAUAAAAUUAACACCGUCACAUUUUCGUAAGGCUAGUGGGGACUGUCAUAUUGUUGCUUUGUGUUUUCAUAAUGAACUCGCUAGACACGGCUACAGUAAUAUUAGCAUAGUCAAUUUAGUCAGCCUGGGCCAUCCUUGCGCAGUGAAGGGGGAGAGGGGUUUGUCGAUUAAUUAGUUUUUGCCUAAGCGUGCGUAAAGGAAGGGGGAGGGUUCUUGGCAGAAAGUAUGUGCGUUAUUCAAAAAUUUUAUAUUAUUUAUCCCCGAAACUCUGAAAGUCCAAAAACAUUUUAUUUAUAUCUCGAAUGGUAUAAAAAUAUGCAUUGUUGGUAGGAGUUAUCUUCAUAAUGUUGCCAUGUAUUGCUACAAAUGAACUCGCUAGAAAUACUCAGAUGGUACUAGAGGUAAUACAGUAAUAUUUGCUCCACCUAAGUUCCAACGUUCUGUAACGUAUAUUUUGUUGGGCUGUGCCAGGGGUUCUAAACAUUUUUGUUCCUGGCACCUAUGUAAAAAUUAGGUUUUCACCAGGCUCCCUGUGAUCAAUUCUAACAAGUACACUUAAAAAAAUAGCGAACACAUAUAUAAAAUAAAAUAACGGGUUGGUUCAAAAUAAAUAUAAAUCGCCUUCCUAGUAACUGCAAACAUUAGUUACCAUAACUCAAAUGCUGCUAGGUGUCACAUUGGAUUAAAAGUGGAAAUAAAAUGUAUGAAAAUUGUGUAAUAUUUCGCAACGCCCCUGUGAGCAUGCCCCAACAACCCAUAUAGAAGGGGGUGGUUGUCAAAAAAGUGCGUAAAGGGGGGGGGGGGUUUACAAAAUUUUACUUUUUGUGUAAGUACAAUAUAAAUGGCCACUCCUCGCAUUUCUUUGGUUCGGCACGUAUGACUUGAUUUUGGGAGAAUCAUUUCUUAAGUCUUAAGUUACAGUUGAACUGCGAAGAGUGCAGAAACAGAAAACUAAAGAAAACAUUGUUAUCUCUUCUGUGCAGCAACAUUAGGUUUCGACUUAUUUAAUAGGAUCUUAAGGGGCCUUUGAUAUAUAUUUUUAGAACGGAUUUAAUAGCUGUACUAUUUUUCUAAUAGUAUUUCCUUACUGUAUUGUACGAUUUUGUGACGAUAUGGUACGAUUUUAGGAGUUUGAGGGUAAACAAGUCUGAAUUUUUAAAAAAUACAUAUUAAAAUGAAACUAUUAUUUUUGUUUUUUUAAAUGUUUAUUUAUCUCCCAGGUAUUGGUGAUUUGGAUGAUUUUGGUGUGAUUCCCACCAGCUGUGUGAUAAAGAAUUUUGAAAAGAUCAAUGGCAAGUCUAUUGGUAUAAAAAAGGUGUAAGUUAUAUUUUACAUGGACAUUAUUUUCAUAUUUAAUAUCCAUCUUAAACUUAACCUGGAGGCAAGCUUGUGUAUUGUCUUUUUUAAGGCAGGGGAAGGCAUUCAGAAAUAUAAAAAAAAUUACUUUGUUUUUAAGUUAUUUUAUUGAAUUUCAUAAACCGUUAUGAUUGUUUUUACAUUACUGAUCAACUUUUUUUCUUAAUUUUCUAUUUUUUUUAACUUCUCAACUUUAGUCACAUAAUGCUAAAAUGCAAAUUUACCAAUUUUAAUAUAGAGAAAUGUUUAUCGAUAUGUACAAAUUGGACAAAAUUUACAUGCGGCUCCCCCAAUAACUUUACAUUUGUCAAUGUGGCCCUCUGCGCAAAACUUUUGCCCACCCCUGCUUUAAGGAAUUAUCUAGUCAAAUAUUACUUGACUACAAAUUGACUUGACUGCUAUAUUUAGUAUAAAAUAAAAAGGUAGAUUUUACCAUUUAAAUAUGAUGUUUCAGGAUUUGAAAAGCUAGAGACAAUUUUGCAAAAUAGACAUUUAGUGAUUUUGUUGCAGAUUGCUUUAUACUUUAUGGUAAAAUAUUUUAAUUUAGCUUACAUUUUUUUUAGUGAAACCAAAAAGGAUUGGAUAGAAGAGUAUCGUUAUUUAGAGAAAAGUAUGCCCAAUGUACCUAACAGGCUUGCAACAUCAGCACCAAGUCCAAGAAAAGGACAAAAGAAAGAGGAAGGCUGGAAAGAGGUUGUCAGAAAAAAUAUGUAAGAUUUUUUUUAUUAAUGUUACUUCUCUUUCUGUGCCGGUACCUUUAAACUGAAUAGAGGUCUAUAAUUAUUAUUCUUUCUCAGCUUGUGUUAUGUGUUAGUAUAUAGGAUUCAUAUGUUGGGGUUUAUUUAUAAUAUUUCCAAAUAUAAAAUGUAUCACCUAACAAAUGAACCAGGAUAAUAAAAAAAACUAAUCUUUGUAUUUUAUUUAUAUAAAGUAAAUUGGAAAAUAUUUAUGGACAGUCAGUAAUUUUCAUUGCCAAUUUUGCCAGUGUGAUUAUUAUAAUUAAAACACUUGUCAUGUCAAUGUAAACUUUUGAGAAAAUUAAAAAUCUGAAAUCCGCUUUUAUACUAUACGUCAAGAGACACUGCAGAAGGUUUUUAAAAUGUACAAAAUGGUCAUCACUAGUGAUGGGAUGAUACCAAAAUUUUUUACGAUUCCGAUUCUACCCAAUUAUCCCGAUUCCUGAUACGAUUCCAAUUCCUGAUAAUAUUCCGAUUCCUGGCCAUUAUUACAUAUAUUUAUUACUGUGCCCAGGUCUUAACAUAUUUAAUUAAUAUAAAAGUUGAGAAUUGAUUAGAAAAGUUUAUUAACUUGCUAUUGAAGCUUUACAAUAUGCUAGAUAACAAUGUCUUGGAAAGGUUUUAUAUAAACACAUCUAUCAAUAAUUCCAUUUUAAUAAUACAAAGAUGUAGCUUGUGUCUUUGAUAAAAAUUUCAAAAUGUGUAUAUAAAAACUAUAUAUUAAAUAUACAUUUGAAAUUAUUAUUCAUGUACAUACAAAAUAAGAAAAAGUUUACCUUGCUAGCUUAUUGACUAUUAUAUAGUACAGCAAAAAGAUUGCUUACAUUUUGCUGAUAACAUGUGGUUUUAAAUAAACUUCCUGCCGGUAAUUAAAAAUCUCGGAACAAAAUAAAGAAUAUACUAACGCGAAACAAACUUUGCGCUGUCACCGGCUUACGGCAGUUAAUAAGUUAAGCAUCGUUUUGGUAUCGGAAUCGGGUCUAAAUUAUUCAGCUUCGAUAGCGAUUCCUGAUGCUUUGGAAAAAUCCUGAUAUUUUGAUUAUUCCGAUACGAUUCCGAUUAAUCGUCCCAUCACUAUUCAUCACAAUGACAAAUUUUUAAAGAAGGUAAUUGAAUCAGAUCAUUUUUUUUUUUUUCUAAUCCCAUCAUAUUUCUUAAUGCUGUACUGAAUAUCAUUUCAGGUCCAAAAAACUUUCAGUCCCUGCUAAUGUGAUAUCACGUCUUAUUGGAAAGGGCGGUUGCAAUAUCAAUGCUAUUCGUGAAAUAUCUGGAGCUCAUGUUGAGGUCGAGAAAUCAAAAGGAAACUCUGACCGAACUGUGACAAUAAAGUAUGUUUGAAAAUAUUUUUUUUAUAAGUUUGAACUCCAUUAUGAUCUGUUCUAUUAUUAUUAUUAACUUUUAAUUAACCCAUGAACUGUGGCAUGCAUCAUUCUUUGGUGUGGAGCUUUUCAUAGCGUUUUGAGGGCCAUUUGAAAAUGCAUUAAAUGACAUAGAAAUAUUGAUACAAGACCCCUUUAAGUAAAUAUUUUUAGAAAGGUAAAUGGAUGGGGAUAAAGUUGGCCAUAUUUCCCACCCGUAAAAUAAUUUUGCUCAGUGUCCUUGACCUUGGAGUUCUCAAGAGAAAAAAAUCGGACGAAAUGUCUCGCUUUCAAGUGCUCAUAACAUCAUUAAAUUUUUAUAGAUACACUUAAAACACAAAUCUGAAUGUUGUAGCCAAUUCAAUUAUCGCUAAGAAAAUGAAUAGUUUGCUAAGGUUUUGAUUACAUUCAAACCGGUUUUAGAUUAUGCAUCUUCAGUCUGGGACCCAUUUACCCAGGAGAGCAUUGACAGGUUGGAGGCGGUCCAGCGAAGCGUGGCAGGCUUUGUCCUGAACCGCCACAGGAAUAGCUCUAGUGUUUGCGGCAUGCUGGUGGAAAAACUAGGCUGUUCACCAUUGGAGGAAUGACGACAACAAUCCAGGCUCUCCAUGAUGUACAAGAAAAAUAAUGGGCUGGUCCACUGUUCCAGUAUUAAACAGCAACUUGUCCCUCUCCCCCAUAGACAGCGACGAGGCCAUGACAGGCUAUUCCGGCUUAUACUAGCAAGAAGCCAGUAUAAGAACUGCUCAUUUCUGCCCAAGACAAUCGGGGACUGAAACAAGCUUUCAAAAGUGUAACACACUUCUACUCUGACAUGGCGUGGGAUGUUAUUUCUUAUGCUGUGGGUUAUGUCAGUAGUAUGGUUACUUAUAUUAACGCUUCAGGAUGCCGACUCAGUCUUCUUCAUUCUUUCACUUAUUAUUCAGGCACGUAAAGAAGAAUGCUCAAUUCUAGUUAAAACUCACAGUACUUUAUUGAACACACUUCAUAUUGAUAAUAUUAAUAAAUAAUCCUUGCAUGAAUGUAAUUUCACAUAUAUAUCUAUAGUAUUCCAUCAUUAAGAAAGACACGUCCUCAGACUACUAUAACUCAGCUCAACUGUCUAAUCACACAGCUCUCACGCUACUGACUGACUCUACUGCUCUGCGCUCAGCUCUCCUUAUCUCAGUCAACUCAUACUUUAUUACCAGCAAAGCGUGCAAAACAACCGCUCUGACAAAACAUAAUUUUACUCUCCAAAAACGUGGAGUUCACAUUUGUUCUCAAAAAUACAAUCCACAUUGAUUGUCUCUCCCCGUGGAAAAACCUGGUGAACACACUCACUGUCCACUCAUGCUACCUCUCUGUUUACAUGUGAAAACAUAGUCCGUUACAUGCCCCACCCAUCUGAAAAAAUUUUGUGCAACAAAAUUUUUGGCAUUAUAUGUUGAAAUAAUGAUAAUGUCUCUUAGAAAAUUUCAAUGCCACAUCUAACAAUCAAAUCAGUGUAACAACAUUAACAUUUCAUCAUUAUGAAAUACAGAGUCUUUUACUGUUAAUAUCACACUUAAUAGUGAAUAAUGUACCCUGGCAAAAAAUUAAAAAAUCACCAAUGACAACCUCUUAAAAUCUUUAUGUAUGAUAAUGUGAAGUGACAUUAACAUCUUAAUGAAUAAUAAACACUGCAAAAUGAAUGUAACAAUCUUAAAUUUUGCAUUAGAAAAUUUACAAUCGGUUAAAAUAUGAUAUUCAUUUACAAAAAUUGAUAUGUACAAGUGUCUUAUCAAAAAACUGAGUGAACGUAUGUGUGUAUAUUCAUUUAGAAUGUCUGACUAAUGUGUCUUAAGUCAGUGUCUUUGUCAUUGUCUGCAUGUUCAAUGUGUCUGGAAAGGAAAUCAGCUACUGUAUUGUCUUUUCCUUUUAUUGUCCUUAUCUCAUACUGAUAAUCUAAUAGUAUCAACGACCAUCUGUUUAUUUUACUAUUCGCUAUUUUCUUUCUAUUCAGUGCCAUUAAUGGCUUGUGAUCAGUCAAUAAUGUAAAUUUUCUGCCUAAUAGAUAUUUCUGUAGUUUGGUAAGUGCCCACACAAUUGCUAAGCAUUCUUUUUCAAUGGUUGAGUAGUUAAUUUCAGUUCUGCUUAAUGCUCUACUUAAAUAGGUAAUGGGUCUUAAUUUAUGAUUGUAUUCUUGCAUAAGGCAAGCUCCUAAUCCAAUGUUGGAGGCGUCUGUAACUAGAGUGAAAGAUUGUUUAAAAUUGGGUGAUAACAAUAUGUUGUCACUUUGGAAAAUUUCUUUGAUUGUUCUCAGUGUAUUUUCGCAUUCAUCCGUCCAUACUAUUUGUUUCUUGCUAUCUUUAUUUAUUAGUUUCCUUAAGGGUAGUGUAACAUCAGAAAAUUUUGGAACAAAAGUGCUGUAAAAAUUGCACAAACCUAAAAUGGCUUUUACUUCUUUCUGAGUGUGUGGUGUUUUUAUAUUUAGUAUUUUUCCUCUGUUGUGUUCUGUGGGCUGAAUUGUGUUUUUACCGACUUUAAAUCCUAAAAAUUCAAUGUCCUCUUGUGCAAACUUUAAUUUGUUUGGUGCUAUUGUAACUCCAUGUGCUCUUAAUUUGUUUAGUACUGUUUUUAUAGUCUCUAAAUGUGUCUUCAUAUCCUUAGUGUGAAUACAGAUGUCAUCGACAAAAUGUACGACAUUUGGUAUGCCUUCUAGCAUGAUUCGCAUGAAUCGAGAAAAUGUUGCGGUGGAAUUAACUAGACCAAAUGGCAUUACUGUCCAUUCGAACAAGCCUUCCUCUGUGGCAAAUGCAGUCAAAGGCAUGGAAUCCGGAUGCAUGCCUAUUUGCCAGAAUCCUCUGUUUAAAUCUAAGUGGGUGAAUAAUGUGGAGGAGCCUAUUUCUUCCAGUAGUUCUCUGGUGUCCCUCAUGGGUUCUGCAUCUAAUUGUGUGAUUUUAUUUAACUCCCUAUAGUCACAACAUAUACGGCACUGGCCAUUUUUCUUUUUUACUACUACCAUGGGUGAUGCUAUUGGUGAAUCUGAUCUUUUAAUCUUGUUGGUCUGUAUUAAAUGAUUUAGUUCUUUCUUUACUUCUUCCCUAAAUGCAUAUGGAAUUGGAUAGAUUUUGUGUUUGAAUGUGGGUUCCUGUGUUAAUAUUAUCUUGUGUUCUAAACUGCUAGUGUGUCCUAUGUUCUCUGUGAUGACAUCUUUGUAUUCUUUUAGAAUUGUUGUUAAGUGUCUGUUUGUUGUGGUGUUAUUUUCAUUGUCUUCUAAUUGUAUAACACUAGCAACGGUGGCUGUGCUACUUAUUUCAUUACUGAUGGUUUCUAACUCUUCAGGAACAGAGUCAUAUUUUCUGAGCAAGUCCACAUGUAGGACUUUCAAUUCACCCUUCAUGUGAAUUACAUAAUCAACUAAAUUUAACUUGUCAUGAAUUGUAAACGGACCCUGCCAAAUCUUUUGUCCAUUAUUGUUUGGCAACCAUACCAAAACUUUAUCAUGUACUUUAAGAUCUCUGAGGUAUCUAUGUGUAUUCUUUAUAUGUCUUUGUCUUUUAGACUCCCUAUCAGUGUUUUCUUUAGCAUUUUCUAUGCCAUAUGUAAUCCUCUCUCUAAUUUUUGUAAUUAUGUCAAAUGUGUCUUGUUGUGUGCCUUUCUGGCCUAAAAUAUUUUCUUUAAAAAGAGUUAACGGUCCCUUUGGAUUGGCCCCAAACAUUAGCUCAAAUGGAGAGUACCCAGUGGUGUCUUGUAUACUCUCUCUAUAGGCGAAUAAAACCAUGGGUAUAUAUAGGUGCCAUUCUCUAGGGUGGUCUAUUGUUGUUUUAUUUAACAUUGUUUUUAGUGUUUUGUUCCAUCGUUCUACCAUACCAUUAGCCUGUGGUCUAUAUAUUGUGGAAUGUACUUGUAUUAUACCUAGCAUUUUUGUAACUGCAUUGGUUAAGUUGGAAGUAAACUGUGUUCCAUUAUCUGACAAUAUUUUAUCAGGGAACCCAUGUCUUGUAAAUACAUCUAAUAAUGCCAUGCAAAUUGUUUCUGAAUUAAUGUUUUUGAGGGGAAUUGCCUCUGGCCAUCUAGAUGCCAUAUCAAUCAUGGUUAAAAUAAAUUUGUGUCCCUUAUUUGAUGGUGGAUUAAGAGGACCAAUGAUAUCUAUAGCUACCUUCUCAAAGUUUCUACCUAUUUUGUCUGUGGGUUGUAUGGGUGCUCUGUGUUUACUGUGUAUUGGGUUUUUUGUCAGACAUGGUAUGCAUUUGUUUAUGUGUUUCUUUAUGUCCUUGUGUAUGCCUGGCCAAUAAAAAUUCUGUGUGACCCUUUCUAAUGUUUUUUUUAUACCCAUGUGUCCAGCCAAAGGACUGUCAUGUGCAUGGUUGAGUAUUUUGUUUCUGAGUAUUAAUGGUACUAUUAUUUGAGAUUUUUUGAUUUCACCUUUCUCAAAAUUUCUGAUUAGAAUAUUAUGUUUUAUUGUGUAAUUAUGUCCUCUAUAAAUUGUGUUAUUGUCCUUAAUUUUGUUUCUAAUGUCCUGAAUUUGCCUAUCUUCUGUCUGCAUUCUAAUUAUGUCCUCUCUAGAUAUUUGUUUUGGAAUGUCUAAUUUUUCUUCUAUUUCAGGCUGUGUCUGACUAGUUUUAUGUUGUUGUCUUGUUAUUGCACUUAUAUACUCUUUGGUUAAAUUUUUUGAUUCAAUCCAAUUUAAGAAUAGUUCUUGGGAAUUAUCUGGAAUUUCUUUAAUAUUUCCAAUUAUUAACUGACAUACUGGGUUGUCCAUAAGUACUGCCGUUACCUUUCCUGUCAACCAUGGACAGUCUAUGUCCACUACUGCUUUAUAACAUUCAACUUUUGUGUUAUUUGCUAACAUGACUGUGGUUUUUUCAGAUAUAUGGUCUUUAGGGUCAAUCAAUUUUUUGUCAACUACUAUUGUUGUACAACCUGUGUCUCUUAGACACUGAACAAGUUGGUUGUUUACAUAAGAAGGAAAAAAUUGUAAACUUCCUUCACUGUGACAUGCGCUAGCUAAAGUUUCAUGUGGUUUGGUGUUUUGUCUACUGUUAGUCUGAUUGGAAUUAUAUCUUUGAUUUUUAUAUGGUUGUCUACUCCUAUUUGCACUGUUGUAUCUAAUUGGACUACUGUUGGGUGAUGUUCUCUGAUAGUAUUGUUGUGAAUGUCCUAAAUCUCUAUGUAAUUUCCUACACUCAUAUUUUUUGUGACCUGGAAUGCCACAGUAGAAACAUUUGUUGUUGUUUGAAUAAUUAGUAUAUGGUGUCUGGUAAUUGGUUUGAUAAUAUUUCUGAAAUUUAUUGUUUUGCCAUCUGGUAGGUAGGCUGUGGUAUCUUCUGUUUUGAUAUGUGUUUUGUUUUUGACUGUCCCUAUCACUGGGUGUAUUUCUAAUAGAGGCUAGUGUGCUGUUUCUAUUGUCUAGCUCUUCAUUGGGGUGAGCAUCUUUAAAUGUUGUGAUUGAGUCAACUAACUCACGCUCAUUUUUAAUCUUUCUCUCUUUAAGGAAUGAAAAUAAAGAGACUGAUGCAUUUCUUAAUAUUUUGUCUAUGAUAAACAUAUCCAGUAAUGCUUUUGGAUCAUUUAGGUCAAUUUCAGUUAAUUCAAGCCAUUUGACAAGAUUGUCUCUAAUAUGGAAUAUGGUGGUGUUAGGAUCUACUUCUCUAUCUAGUCUUAUGUUGUGGAAAUUUUUUCUAUAAAUGUCUUCUGUGUUUCCAUAGAACUUUAACAAAACUUUCUUUAUAUAUGUAUAAUUAUUCUUUUGUUCUUCACUAAGUGAAUUGAUAAUGCUUAGGCUUUUCCCUGAUAAUCUGCUCAAUAAAAUAUUAGCCCAAGUCUCUUCUCUAUAAUUAUAAGACUGACAUAUGCCUUCAAAUUGUGACAGAUAACUAAUAAUUUCUUCUUUAUGUUCAUUAAAUUCUCUAAAUUUAGGUUUGUAUGCACUGUUGGUUUCCCUAUUGCUUGUUGAUGUAGUAUGCUGUCCUGAUUCUAUCCUAGCUCUUUCUAGUUUUAGCUCUUCCUCUCUUAUUUUCAUAUCUUGUUCCCUUAAUUUAAGUUCUUCUAUUUCCUUUUGUCCUUUUAAUUUCAUUUCUUCUAUUUGUUUAAGAUCGUUUCUCUCUAACAUUCUAGCUUCUCGGUCUUUGUCUUUGUCUUGUCGGUCUUUGUCUUUGUCUUGUCGGUCUUUGUCUUCUUUCUGUCUUUGACUAUCUCUCUCCUUGUCUCUUUCCUGUUUGUUCCGUAUUUUGUCCAUCUCCCUAGUUACGAAGUCAGUUAAAUUCUCCUGCUUCAAACCAAGCUUCUCACCUACUUCUAAUAAUUCCAAGUACUCUGCCAUUUUUUAUGUGUAAUGUGAGUAACUAAAAUUAUAUUGUUAUGUAUCAGUAUAUCAGUUAUCUCCUUAUUCUUUGGUUAUCAAUUAAAAUAGUUUACGAUCUUUCAUAUAUCUACAUGUUAAUGAAUGUAUACACAAAUGCAAGUUGAUACAUGAAUUAUAAGUUAUAAAUAAGUGUAAGAAAAAUUUAAAAUAAUUAAAUUGUCUAUUUUACAACAUAAAUACAGAUAUGUAGACGUUUACAUGUACACAAAUGAGACAACAAAUACAAAAGUACUGUGUAGUUUAUGGACCACAAGAUAGUAGAAAAUAUGACAGUAGGUUGACAAUAUGUAUAACAAUGACAAGACAAAUAGCACAAAUAUGACAAGAUCUACUAAAAAACAACAGUUAUGACAAUGUACAAACUAGACUUCACAGCUAACACAAAAUUAUCCUACAGUGUUAUAAAUAGGGCCAGAAGAAACCUUUACCGUUUUAAUAAAAAAACUUCCCUAGGAAAGAUAACACCGUGGAUGUCCCUACAGUAUACUCUAAAAUUAAACUUAUAUUACACAGAAAAAGUAAAAAAUUUACUUAAUCUAAUUAAGUAUGAUAUAAGUAUAUUUUUAAAGUCUUAAAUUAUAUAUAUAAUACAUAACAUAAUAUACAUAAAUACCAAGUGAAAGUGUCCAAAAGAAAUCUUUAGUUGGUCACCUCUGCUCCUCUGUGACGCUAUGAUUUCUGUGUAAUCGAUAAUCCUCUGUAGUAGAUGCUCCUUCUAGGUAGUAGAUAAUCCUAUGUGGUAAUGUACUUGGGUAAAAUAAUCCAAUGAGAAAAGUUACACCACAAAUUGCUGCAAUAUUCCAAUGUAAGUACCUUGCGUAAUAGUGUAAUUGUGAUAAUCCAAUAAUUGAAAAUUGUCUAAUUUAUCUCCGGUUCUGUUGCACUUGUGAGUAAUUGAAGAAUUACUUGAAGAAUUACUUGACUUGAACUGUGCUGCUUGUAUAAAGUAAAGAUUAUGCUGGGGAAAUCUUACUUCCGCUGUCUUGAUAAAACAUCUCAUCUGUAAUGACAUCAGACUUCUUUUGGUUUUGUGUGGAUCAUCUCUUUCGUUGACUAAUAACUGUAAAAUAGAUUUCUUGCUGUUUCUUCCACGAGAAUAUUCACUCCACUGUUAUAUAAUUGAAACAGUGUACCAGUUAGCUGUUUGAACUCUCAACUUUUGACUCCCGUGACUGACCUAAAUUCAAUCGUUGUCAGCUUGCUCUGUGUGUCGUGGACUCUUCUCAGACUUGACAAAUACUCGGGCGUAAUGACGUUCGAUUCGAAUGUUAAAAUAUAUCAUUGUUACUCAAUGUUCUGUAAUACAUCGUUGUUCUGACACUUCUGACAAUAUUUGUAACGCAUCGUCGUUACACCGCUUCUGACACCAUUUGUAACACACUUCUACUCUGACAUGGCGUGGGAUGUUAUUUCUUAUGCUGUGGGUUAUGUCAGUAGUAUGGUUACUUAUAUUAACGCUUCAGGAUGCCGACUCAGUCUUCUUCAUUCUUUCACUUAUUAUUCAGGCACGUAAAGAAGAAUGCUCAAUUCUAGUUAAAACUCACAGUACUUUAUUGAACACACUUUAUAUUGAUAAUAUUAAUAAAUAAUCCUUGCAUGAAUGUAAUUUCACAUAUAUAUCUAUAGUAUUCCAUCAUUAAGAAAGACACGUCCUCAGACUACUAUAACUCAGCUCAACUGUCUAAUCACACAGCUCUCACGCUAAUGACUGACUCUCCUGCUCUGCGCUCAGCUCUCUACUAUAUCAGUCAACUCAUACUUCAUUACCAGCAAAGCGUGCAAAACGACCGCUCUGACAAAACAUAAUUUUACUCUCCAAAAACGUGGAGUCCACAUUUGUUCUCAAAAAUACAAUCCACAUUGAUUGUCUCUCCCCGUGGAAAAACCUGGUGAACACACUCACUGUCCACUCAUGCUACCUCUCUGUUUACAUGUGAAAACAUAGUCCGUUACAAAAAGGAACAGUUGAGGCGACAACACUAGACACAUUUGUGUCUAUUGCCUCAAGCCUUCAAACCCACAGUGCAUGAUUCCCUCACAAAGUGGCACUUGCAAUCAGUGAAAUAUCCUCGUCAACACCAGGCACAUAAACAUGGCAAAACCCCUCUACGUGCACAGGAGCCAAAAUAAUCAAUAAAUUGAUCAUAGGCCCUUAAUAAAUAGAAGAAGAAGAAGAACCCCUGAAAGCAAUUUUAGGUCAUUUAUAUAAGAAACUGGGACCAAUGCUAAAACCAAGUACAAAAUACAAAAUCUCAGGCAAAAUAGUUAUUAUUGACUAGUAAACAUUUAAAAAGGAACUGUGGAACUGAUUUGGGUUGUUUAACUAUAAAAUUUAUUAGUUUUGAACUAUAAUCAGUAGCUUCUGUGACUAAAAUUCAGUCAGUCCUUGGCCAACCUCUGGGCCUUGCUCAAAGUCUAACAGUAGCCUCAGUAGGCCUACUUCAGUAUCACUAAGACUAGUAUAAAACUCUCAAGAAGAAUAAUCUCAACUGAUAUCGUCACGGGGAAUGUUAAAGUCAUCAUCAGUAUCGCUUAAAACCUCUUCUAAAAAGCUUUCAAACACAUUUCUAUUAGUUCUUGCUCUGAAGGCCUAGCCAUAGCGUCAUCCAUUUUCACUUUUAAAAAAAUAGCGAAAUAAAACUGAUUAAAAAGUAUUUAUUUUUAAGUUAUCACAAAACAGCUUGAACCGGAAGAUGAUUUAAUUAUUAAUAAAAGGAAGUGGCUAUAAAUUCGGUUAAAUAUUGGAUUGGAAGUUGCUAUCGGACCGUGUUUUUUAUCUGCCGAUUUUUUUCGGCCGCCACAGUACAGAAAGAGAAUGUCGGCCGAUUUUUUCGGCCGACCACAGUUCGUGGGUUAACUUAAAUAAGCAAUGUUUCUUUGCCAUAGGACAGCACCAAAUUUUGCUUAUUUUUAUACAGUUAUGGAGGGUGAAAAUGGAAGCUUAAUUUGAUGUAGGCAGGUACAAUCAAAUAAAGUGUCAUAAAUUGUCAUAAAAGGAUAAUAAUUACUCUUUUUGAAUUAUAAAGAUACUACUAAUUGUUAAAGGUUGCUGAUUAUACUGAAAUAAGCACAGUAAAAAGAAUUGAAAUAAAAGCAGGUCUCUAAUAAUUUUUGGAUAGAACUUUCAAUUCCUCUUUUAUAGACAUAACUGAUAACCCUUUACUCUUUUUAAAAACUGAAGUUAAUUAACACAAUUUUCCUUAAUUUCAUUUUAGGGGCUACCCUGAGGCUAUUCGACAAGCAAACAACCUUAUAAAUGCAAUGGUAGAGGAGCCUGAUAAAGAUAUCUCUGAACUACUCACCCGCUUGAACAAAGCUCAGAAAGCUGCGGUAGAGAAAACCCAGCUUCAAAAAACACCUGUGUCAAUAGCUGAUUUUGCAAUUGGAACUUUUACUAUUCCAACCACUACAGUGCACACAGCAACUACCACAUCAGCCAAAUCACCUGCUCAGGCUAAAUCCAAUAGGCAGGGAAGCAGCCAAUCAAGUUCAAGUCGUUCAUCUAGUUCCACUUCCAAUACCAUGGGACCUACAAUUGGUGCUUGGCAGAAUCCUGUCCCUGGCCAAGUACUACCAUCUUCUCCAAGACGUAGUCCUCAGAAACAAGUAACACCAAGCUCAGCUGUUGCUGGUGGUAGAACAGCAUCAACACCUAGUGGAGAUAAAACAUCAGCAAGACAACUUAAUUUUGGUAUGGACCGUAAGAGAUCUGCUUCUCCUGUAUCCUCAGUACCCUCAAGUUCUGCCUCUCUCAGUUUCACUACAGCAGCAACAAGUACUAUUCGAGGUGUUGUAUCAAGCAGCACAAUUUUUUCUAGCCAGGGACAUAAGUCACAGGAUCCUCGAAUGCAAGGUCAGAUGAAGGCAGCUGUUGGUAGUCCCAUGACAACUUCUGCUAGAUUCACACGGCCUUCAAUGCAGGUGAGAAUGGAACCUAUGCCUCUUCCUAUUGUUUCUAGUGGAAAUACAAGUCAUGUUGACCGCAACAACCAGCCAAGUACUGGAAGUAACCAGCCCCAAGUGGGAGAAUACUCUCCAUUCAACAACAACCUGUUUACAAGCUUCCUUACCAAGAAAGAUGAACAAGCAGACAAAAUGGAUUUUGCUAGCGUUGCUGCAGCAGGAGUUGUAACUACUAGCCCAAGUCCUCAGACUACUUCAAUCCCAACUUCAGUUGAUUCAAACAGUAACAAUGCUGUUGAUCCAGCACUGGCACCUGGCUUCAAAAUUUCACAAAGAGGGAAUUCCCCACCGUAUAGGCACGAUCCACAAGAUGCCAGCGUAGUGGGGUAUCGAAUAUCAAUGAAUAAUGUUGCAAGUAUGGGCCCACCAAACAUUAAUACUGGGUUGCGACAUGGUGCUCCAAUUUACCCUUACAUGGAGAGUGAGUAUCACAGGGCACAACUUAUUUUGAGCCAGUACAGAGAAAACCCAAUGAAUUCUCUGAUGCCUCAAAAUUUUCUGGGAGCUGCAGGAAUGGCCUUGCCUCAUGGUAUUUUUGCUCAAAAUAUGGGAGGAAUUCCAAUGCCUCCUGGGCAACAGCAGCAUAUGCCACAAAAAGAAGAAUACAGCAAACCUCAUCGACCCAUGACAUUGCCAGAGAUAAAAGGUGCACUCAACCCUAAUGCUCCAGAGUUCCAACUUCCAGGCACUGGCCCCCCAAUGAUGAAUGGUUUUGAGAGGCCCAAUAACAACUUAUAUUCAGGAAUGAUGCCUAUAGGCAUGGCAGAUCCAAGAGCUUCAAUGGGACAAGGCCCUGACAAUUCAACUCCCAAUGGGACUGGAAUGGCAAAUAUAAAUACUGGUAUGCAUUAAAUUAAUCUUAAGUUAGUGACUGUAGUAUUUAUUUAAAGGUCUCACGAAGUUGCAUUAAAGGUUCUGUACACUAAUUGAAAAUUGUUUUUUUUUUUUUUAAAUUAAAUUUUUGCAUGGAUGUCUUUGGUGAUUUUGAUUUAUUUACUAUUUUUUAAAUUUAUUGUAUGUUUGGGUUACUAGCUUUUAUAAUAUAAACAUUAUUUUAAACUUAUAAUAUAAAAUCCACUUUUUUUAUAAGGACCUCUUCCUUCAAUGUUGCCACCUGAAAUGAUGGCACCCAGUCAUAUGCCAUACCAGUUUCAACAUGCCAGUACAGGAGGAAGUCCUCCACAGCUCAGCACAAACCGGCUAGCAUCUACCAUUGGCACAGGUGCCCCUCACUCACAUAACUCCCCACCGCAGAGUUUAAUUGGGCAACCAGGUUUAUCUCCAGGUGGUAUGGGAGGGCCAAAUUAUCUCUCCCAGAACCAGCCACAAAGGGCUCACUCCCCAAUGCAAAAUAUGUCAGGACGACCAAACAGUGCUCCAUCUGUUCAGCAAGGUUAGUAGUUGCAGUAACACACCAAGAUAGGCAAUUUUUAAAAUACCUUUUUCUCACUAUAUGUCAAACUCAUUAACCACAAAUAACUGUCAUAAUUUUUAAUGCACUUAUUUUGCGGAAAGUCAAUUUAUAUUCUUACUGCCUGGAUUGGCUUGUGGCCUCAAUGGAUUAAUUCAUGAAACUGUUUUGGUGUCUCAUGACAGUUAAUGUGUUUAUUUAUAAUCUAAACAGAUCCUGGUCAAAUAAAUAACUCACCUUUAGCUAGCAGGACUCCACCUUUAGAGCAGGCUAAGCACAUUCAACCUAUUGGUGGGGAAAGAAAGAAAGGACCAGGGAAACCUGCCCCCAGCACUUACAAUAAUUAUUGGUACCAUACCUCGUCAGGUAGGUGUCUUUAAUGCCAUAGAACCCAGUCAGUUAGCUAAACAGGAAGAAACUGUAGUAAGCCUUUCCAAAAAUAAUUUUGCAUAUGAACAUUAACAUCACUAUAUAAACUGAAUAAAUGGACAUGUAAUUUUCAGGAAGCAAUAUGGUGUACCAGCGUAUGUCAGAUGCUGAGGAAGAAUACAGCAUGCAGCCUCAAGGCCAAUACAAUGAUGGAGGAGUUCCUGGAAGUGAUGGUGAUCAUAAUAAUAUAGCCCAUGUAAGGAGUUAUUAAUUUUAUGUAGGGUAAUGAUAAUUAUAGCUAUUGGAUGACUAUUCAGCUUCUGUUAAGCAUUGAGGCUUACAAACAUAUAUCUCCUUUUCUUUUUUAUAAUUGCUUGACUUUUUAUGUACCUAUCAGUUGUUCUCAAAGGGGGCGGUGGGGUGGUCCAUGGGGACGAUGAAGGACUGUGUGAAUUUUAGGGGGCACUGGGACCAUCAAAGGAGGCAUUGGGAAGGCGUUUUUAAAAAUAACCGUUUCAAAGAAAGUUUAGACUCUAAAAAAAGGGUUUUGAUUGUCAAGUGACAUAGAGUCUAAAAGAUAUAUUUUUUUGCCAUACGAUGAAGAGGAAAAAAAAGACUGAUCAAUUUCAAACAGAUUUACCACUCUAUUCUUUCAAACAGAUGUACUGAUACCACCGUUUAUUAACAAUACAUUUAAAUUUAGGUAAGAACUGAGCUGGAAACACUUAAUGCAUGUAGUUUUAAAAUGAAAUUCACAAAUGAGCCACAGGCUAACACGCAUGAUUUGCGAUGCUUUUAUAUUAAAGGAAAGCAGGUCAUGCAAUAUAUAUAUAUAUAUAUAUAUAUAUAUAUAUAUAUCAGAUCAGCUCCAUCCGCCUCUACCUCACAGUUAACGCAACAAAAGCCCUAGUCUAUGCUCUUGUUCUCUCUUGUCUUGACUAUUGCAACUCUCUUCUGUCUGGUUCACCAAAACACUUCUUAGAAAAAUUACAAAAGAUUCAAAACUCGGCUGCUAGGCUAGUUCUAAAGGCAAAAAAAUGAGAUCACGUCACACCACUACUUCCUACACUUUAUUGGCUAUAUCUGUACAAACACGAAUUGACUACAAACUCUCUGUUCUCUGCCAUAAAUUUUUCUCGAAUUCAUGCUAUUCCCAUCUAACUGAACUUCUGUCUAUUCAACCCUUCGACAGCUUCGCUCCUCUGCAGACUUAUGUAUCCUUUCUGUCCCCAAGACUCACACAAAAACAUACGGUAAACAAUCUUUCUCUUUCUGUGCACUCAAACAAUGGAAUUCUCUUCCACUACACAUCUGCAAUAUACCGACCAUCACGGCCUUCAAAAUUGCACUAAAAAAUCUCUUUAAACUGAUUGAUAUUCCCCCCCGACCGAUAAACGAUGCUGCUGGGUGCCAUCCAUGGCUUGACAUGUACAUAUUUCUGGAAUGGGUGGAGUGAACAUACAUUUGUAUUGUUUUAUUUAAUUAAUGAAAGUUAUUUUUAAGUUAAUGAUGCUUGUUAACCCUUUACGGGGCAGAGGUACUUCCUCUUGCAUGUCCUGAACGGGCACCACUUUCCAUUUUUUAGUAAAAUUUAGGGUUACAUUACAAAAAAAAUCAAAUCUAAGGUGUUAGUCAACAAAUUUGUGUAAAUAAAAAGCAAAAUAAAGGAAAAUGAAUGCAGAUUUAUAAUUGUACUCACAUGUUGCCAUUAAUCCUUAUACGAACACAAAUAUUUGCAAAAACAACAUAUUGUUCGUGAUUGUGAGUCAUCUAUUUACUAUUUACAAACACUGCCACAAAAUCGAAGUUUGUAAAAUUCAACACUGCUUACUACGCUGAUUUCACUAAUAUUACUAAUAAUAUAAACAUCUAGUUCCAAUUUACAGUCAAUUCGUGCACUUAAAUGUCACUUUAAUUGAAUCCAGCGAAAUCUCCGCUAUCACUUGAAUAAUCGGCAAAUAAUCUGCAAAAUCCAUUUAGAAAAAAAAAUAUUUUUAAACCCCUAAAACUAAAAAAAAAAAAAUCGAUUAAAUACUUGUAACUGGCGCCUACUCUAUUUAGCUAUCGGAAAAACCAGAUGUAAACAAUAGGAAGUCUCGCAAAGCCUCGGAGGUCACGAGCGAGAAAACAACACUAAGUCGUCACGGACGCUUUUGGGCGUUUUGCCCUUUAAGUGGUAAAGACGUUUUCGGCCCCUCUGCCCCGUAAAAGGUUAAAUUAUAUGUAUAGCGUGGUUAGCCCAGCCCUAGGCUGGGAUACCGCACUAUAUAAAACUACUACUAAUAAUAAUAAUAUAACGUGUUGUUGAUUAAUAAAUCUAAAUAAUUACUAACAAUUAGUGAAGUAUUUAUCCUACCAGCUUUUAGUGAGCUUCUACCUACAUAGAUGCAAGACAGAACAUUAUUAGACCAGAGAUUAGUUUUAUAGUAUAGCAAAUUAGUGGAGAUGACAUUUCUAACGGAUUUUCUUUCCAGAAAAUGAACCUUUGCUUAUUGCAACAGAUGUACUUCUUCAUCAACACUAAAAAAAUGUAUAUUUUGUUUUGUUUAAGGCUGUUCUUUUGAUUAGGAAAAAUUCCACUAAAAAGCAUACUACAGUUGAACCCGGUUAUGUCGCCGGCCUGGGGGUUUGCCAGAAACGUUGAAAUAACGGAUGAUCAAGAUUAAACGAAAACCAAAAUGGCGACAAUACAUUAACAUGAGCUUGAAAUUUCUUUAUGUACAUUAUGUGCAUUAAUAAAAUGAGAAUGCACGUGAAGAGGUGCCACUUUUCCAGAUUAUCACGGAAUCGUGAGGCUAAAUUUUUUUCUCCCUCCAGAUUCGCAAGUUUUUAUUUGCUCUCGGUCCGGAUUGGCCAGUUCAGUUUGUUCUAAUACGAAUUCUGGGUUCUAAAAACAUAUCGAGUCAGAACGCGCCAAAGCCAUUUCAGUUACUGGGGCCUCUCGCUUUCGUUUGCAAGCACCUCGCUUCUUGCUGUGUCAAGUUACUUGAAUUAUACAAAAUUUGUUUAUUUGUUGUUUACUAUUUCUUCUUGCGGGGUUUCAGUAUCCAGCGAUAAGUCAUGGGGAUCGAGAUAACCGAUGUUGAGUGACAAAUUUGGCCCCCUUUUGUGCUCGAAGAUUUUAGGGUUCGGUGACAUAAAGAAUCCACAUAACCGAUAAGAAAAUGCUAAGACAAAGAGAGAAUUUGGCGGUUCCACUUCAAAAACGUCAACUUAAAAGGGUUGGCGAGUUAACUGAGGUUCCUAUAAGUGGGUUUCCACUGUAUAGCACUUGUUGGAGAACUGACUGUUAGCCGUUCGUCAUUGACCAUGCAAGAAAGAAAAAAUUAUUGCCAAAUGUCUUUAAUAUUCUGUGUGUCAUUUAUUGCCAAUAUCUGGUGGCUAAAAGUUGCAGUGCCCUUAAUUACUGCAGUAAAUUAAAUUUAGAAUACGCUUAAAAUAAUUGACUAUUACUGACACUCUGUUUUGAAUGCAGUGCAGAGUAAAUUGCUGCUUUUUUACUGCAUUUGUUGGGACAAAAAAUGAUUCUGAUUCGAAAGACACCACACACAACAUUGCUUUUAAUAAAGUUGCAGUGGAAUGAGACCAGCCUUAUAAAAAAUUAUAAUACUAUUCAAACUUAAUAUAGGGCUGACACAAUUUUUACUAGUUCAUUAGAAUAAGAAGAUGGUGAAUUUCAAUAUUAUCUGGUAGAUUGAUCUGAGAAUAUUCUUUGUAUGGAAGUCAGAGAUUUGUUUAAUUAAAAAACCCAUUUUUAAGACUAAUGCAGUUGUUGUAUUAGGGUGUAAAAUUGUAUUUAAUCUAAUCUAAAGUUUUAAUCCAGAGUGGAAUGCUCUUUGCUGCAUUCUUUUCAUUUUAUUUGGGGAAGGUGAUUUAGUGUGGUUUACCUGCUUUGUUUAAAUCUAAGAGAUAUAAAUUUGAACCUAGCAAAUGAGGUUUCUGCCAGAAGACUUAAUACCAGGCAUUAGAUAAUGAUUGGCUUACCAAUAAUGCCUCUGUCAUAAUUAAGAAAAUUAUCAGAGAUGAUGUAGAUAAACUGGUAAAUAUUUAUCUUAUUACCUCUCUAUUAUAUUAUUCAGCUUAUAAACAUUCAUUUGUAUUUUGAUUAAUUUUUAAAAAAAUAUAUAUUUCAAAUUUACUUGUGUAAUUAUCUCCCAUAGAUGGUGAUGAAAAAAAUGUAUUCUUAAAAUGCUUAUAAUUGAGUUGGACGGGAGGGCCGGUGAGGGCAAGAAUAUAGGCUAAAAGGGGCAGUGGCAAGAAAAAUGUUGAGAACCACUGUACUACAUGGGAUACAUGAGCUUUUCAAAUUUUAGGUGAUUCACCUUCUUUCCUAAAUAUUCAGAUUAUAAUUCAUUCUGCUGUUUUACUAUUCAGCUGGGAGAGAGGAGUUUUAAAUCUGUCAUCAGCAUAUGUCUGCAAAUAAACUUUGAACAAACUGCUGUUUUUUCUCUCGGGGAAACGCUAAAAUUAUUGUUAAUUGAUACGACCAGUGUUUGGUUUGUCAGGUUCUGCUAAUCCUUGAGAGUCUGAUUCGAAUACACAGUUUAGUCUCAUUUCCUGGUUUCAAAAUAUCCAGUGAUUGUAGGUUCUAAAGUAGGUUUUGGGAAUGGUGAUCCCUAUUCUGGCCAUUUUUUUUCCCUAAAAAUUUCUUUGGCUACUACUACUACUAGUGAGGACAGUGUUACUAAAAUUCCUUCAAUUAUACAAAACGCCUAUGUGAAACAUAAUAAGGUUUUCUUGUUUAAAUAACAAAUAUUUAUUAAAAAAGUUAUAAUUCUGUGAAAUGUUUAUUUAAUAGGUUCCAAGUAUGAUGACACCUGGAAUAUAUGGAAAUGGACCCUAUCAAAUGGGACCUAUAUUUCCUCCUAAGGGUGCUGCAGGAGACUCUCAAACCCCUCACCUUUGGAAUACACCUAUGACAGCUGCUCCAUCUGACCCCAGUGAGAUUGAGGUAUAACUCCCAUUUCUGUCACUACCAUUUAUUUAGCAAGGUAAAGUAGCCCAUCCCUAGUUUAACUAAGGAGAUACCCAUCAAAGUAAUUUUUACUGAAGAAUUUCAAAUAGGUUAGAUAAGUCUAUUUAUUGCAUUUGACAAAAAGAUGAAGAAAGGACUGGAAUAACUAAGUACAUUCACAGCUGACUUAUUUUUUUUGGUGGGAUUCAUCUUUUUUUAUGCCAACAUUUAGAAAUCAUUAAUUACUUACUUUUAAAAAUGUUUUCUGUGUUUUAUGUCAUUAUCAUAUAAUAAUGACUUGUACUCUUUCAAACCCUAAGCGACAAAUGUGGCUGUUUUAACACAUUUCUAUGUAAAAAUAAAAAGCGAAAAUCUUAAUUAAAAUGAGAUUUGAUAACCAAGGCACUAAAUUGUGCUGCUCAGUUUAAAUAACAAAUUUAAGUUGAAAUUGAACAUCUAACUUUUUUUGUGUGAUAGAGGCCAUUUUCUUUUCUUUUUUUUCAUUUCAGAGAUGGCAGUCGUGGAAUCAGUUAGAUUAAACUGGCAUGUAAUAGAUGUUCCUUCUUGUGUCUAAAUCUUUCUUUUUCUUGUUUAUUUUAAAAUUGCCUUUACAAAGCAAUUUUCUAUCAGAAUAAAGAAUCCAGAAACAAAUCAAGUCAGAAAAUCCUUUAUUUAAUUUUUUUGUCCAGGAUUUCAAAAUAAAAGUAAAGCCAUUUUUUUAUGUGAUGUAUAUGUGACAGAAACUUAUUUCCCCUUUGUAACCUCAUUUUACUUGGUCUUGUAGAUGUAUGGCCAUGUAAAAAGUUUAUAAUUAAAAUAGGUCAAAUUUGAUUUCCCUGCCUCUCUUCAUCCCACUGCCCAGCAGUGAUGGUUAGUGUUGACGAAUUACACAAUAAAAUUCAGUUUGUGUGGAAGUAAUAAUGGCUUGUAUGAGGAAUUGAGCAUUUGCAAUAUUAUUUGCAUGUUUUUCCUUAUCUCCUUUUCUCAUAAAUAAGCAAAAAAACUGGUUUUUACAGCAGAGAGGCAAACCACAUCCAUGGAUGCGGGAACUAAAUUAUGGCUUUUUUUUUUUUUUUUAAACACAAAAUUAGAUUGUACUUUGGCAUGAACAAAACCUGGUGUCCAGGGCUAGGUUUGAGUCAAUAUUACUUUUUAACCAACUCCCUCUUGCCACAUGCUUGGCUUGUCUGUAAGGCCUGAGGGAAUUGGGCUAACAAUGACAUUUUGAAACAUUUAAAAUAAAAGUAAAGCAAAUUAACAUUUGUGUUGUUUUUCUUUCAAACAAUUAAAACCUGAAAUAUUAUAUUAAGAGUGAAUGCAUUUUAAAAAAUGGUAAAAUUCAAAUUAAUUAGAAAACAGUUCUGACUUUCUGCAAAAGUAGUAUAAUGAAACUUUGAUGACCAUAAAGGUUUGCAAAUUUUCAAGACACCAGUACCAGUACUGUUUAAAAAAAUUUUAUUACAAAAUAUUUAUAAAAAAAUUAUUUUAUAGUAAUUUAAUAGUAUUAAAAUACAUGCACUCUUUUUCACAAAAAAACAAUUUGAGGACAUCAACAGUACAAUAGAUGUUCUAUUACCAGCAAUAGAUAUCUACCAGUGCCAGGUUUUACCUUUUCAUUGAUAUAAUUUGAAGAUUCACUCAGAUUUUAUCAAAACAAAUCUUCUAUAUAACUUAUAAUAUAACGGUACUUCUUGUAAAUCUUGUUGUUACGCACUGGCUUCUAAUAUGAGAAAUAAAUCUCCUAUUUUAAUUUUAAUUGGCUCGUUGUAAGCAGUGCCUAACAGGACGAUUCCAUAGAGUCAACAGUAUUAAACAUACGACACCCAAAGCAGUUUCUAGUUA